CCACCGCAGUGCUUUAGUUAAUCGCACUAAUAACCGAUCUGCAACGCUCGCGCGCAUGAUCGCAUUUUAACUGUAUUUAGUUUGAUUUCGUCGACUGCAACGCUGGCCACAGCGCUAUCGCGCUUUUUUGCACAAAAUACUGUUUAAAGUGAAAUUUGUAUAUUUUUGUCUUUUUUUACAAAUUUUACGCGCAAAAAUGGUGUUGAAUAAACCGUUAUUUCUGCUACUGCACAUUUUGGCUGCGCGUCAAGUAACGAAUCCAAAUCCACCACAGUGGGAUUAUCGUGAUACAACUAGAUGGAACGCAGAUUAUCCAACUUGUGGCGGGAGACAACAGUCGCCGAUCAAUUUGGAUCAUUAUACCUCGAUUGGAUCGCUUAAGCCGGCUUUGAAGUUCAGAAACUAUGCGCAACCGUUCGCUAGACAACUCACGCUCGUCAAUAACGGGCAUACAGCUGAUAUUACACUGCCAGAGACUGUGCGUGGACCACGGCCCACCAUUUCAGGUGGUCUGUUGGAUGGCGUCUACGAAGCACAGUCGUUACAUUUUCAUUGGGGUGAUGGUAAUCCUCGUGGUUCGGAGCACACCGUCAAUGGUUACCGUUACGAUGUUGAGCUUCAUAUUGUGCAUAAAAAUAUGAAAUAUGGCAAUGCGGAGGAGGCGAUGCAGCGUCCAGACGGUUUGGCCGUGUUGGCAAUUAUGAUUAAUAUUGUGGAUUUUCCAAAUACAUAUUAUCCUGGACUGAAUAGGGUUUUCAAUAGUUUACCUUACGUGCGGGUGGCCGACACAAAUACAACCAUACCUUCGCAACUUAGCUUGAAUCACUUCUUGGGCGAUGUGGAUACGAGAAACUUUUACGCCUACCAAGGUUCACUUACCACACCACCCUGUUCGGAAGCGGUUACCUGGCACGUUUUUCCCAGACCACUUUUGAUCUCACGUGAAUUGAUUAAAAAGUUCUUCGAACUGAGACAGCAAAAUGGUACACCGUUAUGGAAUAACUAUCGCCCGUUGCAAGCGUUGAAUAGACGUCCGGUUUAUCGACGAAAAGGUGGUUUUUAGCGAGCCUACGCCUUCGUACGACACUGACUAUUUAAAUCUCUACUACAAUGGCAUCCAUUGUUGAAAUUCAACGCCACAUUUAAUUUAUUUUAUUUAGUGUUAAUUAUUUAAUUUUAUAACGACUUUUUUAUUUUAAUAAAAAUACUU